CCAAACAUCCUAAACUGUGACGACGCAUCGGGGAACCGAUCCAAGAAGUGGAACUGUCAUUUCAAUUGGUGCUGUCAGCUAGCGGGCUUACCUUUCAAACAGGGAUCCCGAGACUACAACGUCCACUUUCUCGUCACCAGUAACCGGACGGCGCCAUUGGAAACGGGAGGCGCCAUUGUGAACGACAUAGUCAGCGGCGUUGAGCAAGGCAUAGAUGCUUUUGAUGCAACAAUGAUGGAGCCGGUGCUUGCCGGCGGGGUUGUUUUCUGUAUGGAAGCUGAUAAUCCAAUGGCGAACGAGCUGUGUUCGAUGAUCGACGUCAAGCGUGGGUAA